UGAACUUCCCGACUACAGAUGGUUUAUUCGUGAGUGUGGCGAUGGCACACCUAUCAUUUUGACAUACUAAGAAUCUCACACCGGGUGUGCUCGAUCCGUUCGGAUGUAUACAUUCGUUCUCGCUUUGUCCAGAUAUUUUGGUGUAGCUAGUGCUGGAAAGCGGAUGGCAUAUAGAGAAUUACAGCCAACUGUCUACGUGUAUUUAGAUAACUCGUUUUGUGUGUCACCUAGGUUUAAUAGACUUCCUCCAGUUAUUGAGUGUAGAACGUCACUUUCCCCCUUCAGAGUAUUGGUGAUAGCCAACUUGGACAAUCCUGUUUGGUCACACUGUUUGUUUGGUGGUUGUAUUGUUAGUUGUAAAGUGGGCAGAAUGUGGCAGUGGCUGUUGUUCUUCAUGAUGGUGACAACAAAUUCAAAGUCGUUACAUUCGCCGAGUUCACACUUGUUUUGAGAGACUAUUUCAUCCUAUUCAUCGUGAUGACUGGUGCCCAUGGAGACGUAGGGUGGGCAUGGAGGCUCUAACUAACUGAGAAUGUGCCCGUUUUAUCAGUGGGUAACUUCGAUGUAAUCUAUCAGAGUGGCAGAAAUGCUAUGUAGUUCAACAAGUAUGUGCUCGCUAGUUGUGUGGCUGGUUAUGGUUUUCAGGCUUAAACUGUCACUAGUGUAGUGAUCUACAGGUUGGAUAUAAAUCGUGUUUCGGAUAAUUUUCUAGGUGUUUUGAGAUUGCCAAGUGUUUGGGAAUACCAAUCAAAUGUAUCUCCGAUACUCUUCGCUUCUGAUUAUGGGGUCACUGUGUAGUUGAAUAUUUGGCUGGUAAAGCUAUAAAUUUAAAAUGCCCUUUCCUAACUCGUCAGU